CCUCUCUUCGGGGCCUCUCUCUCCGCACCGGAGGCCCCGCUCUCGAUGGUGGGCGAACCGGGGGCCGGGGGUGGCGGCUCCCUCUUUCUUUGCUGUUUUUUCCUGGUUUUCCAAGGCACAGGGUCGCUCGCCACCGCAGCCCCUGCCCCAGCCCAGCGGGGCUUCGGCCUCCUGGGGUGGGGGAGUCAGGCGGUGGGGGGGUGAGCCAUGUCUCUCGAAGACCCUUUCUUUGUAGUGCGAGGCGAGGUGCAGAAGGCGGUGAACACGGCCCGGGGGCUGCACCAGCGCUGGAGCGAGCUGCUGCAAGCCGGCUCGGCGGGCGGCCGCGAGGAGCUGGACUGGACGGCCAAUGAGCUGCGCAACGGGCUGCGCAGCAUCGAGUGGGACUUGGAGGACCUGGAGGAGACCAUCGGCAUCGUGGAAGCCAACCCCGGCAAGUUCAAGCUCCCGGCCGGGGAUCUGCAGGAGAGGCGGGCGUUUGUGGAGCGGAUGCGGGAGGCGGUGCAGGAAAUGAAGGACCAUAUGGCGAGCCCGACGGCCUUGGCCUUCAUGGAGAGGAAUAACAGUGAGGUGCUGGCCGGCACAUCAGCGGCCCAGAAGUCCCCCAGCGACUUGCUGGAUGCCAGCAUGGUCUCGGCCUCUUCCCGCUACCUCGAAGAGCAGCAGGCCACACAGCAGCUGAUCCUGGACCAACAAGACCACCAGCUGGACAUGGUGUCGGGGAGCAUCCGGGUCCUGAAACACAUGUCAGGCCGCGUCGGGGAGGAGCUGGACGAGCAGGGCGUUAUGCUGGAUGCCUUUGGCCAUGAGAUGGAACAUACCCAGUCCCGCAUGGAUGGCGUCCUCAGGAGGUUGGCCAAGGUCUCCCACAUGACCAGCGACCGGCAGCAGUGGUGUGCCAUCCUGGUGCUUCUGGGGGUGCUGCUCCUAGUUCUUCUCCUGCUUGUCCUGCUCUGACCUUGACACCAAGCAGCUGCCAUGCCAGCUGGGCCUGCCCCCGCCCUGCCCCGCCAGGCUCUCCCUCGGAGCCUGUGGGAUUCCCAGGGUGCCUGGCCGGGGGGCCGCACGCCUGCCUUCUCAAGUGCACUUAGGGGGUGGAGGUGGGGAGACCCAACACACUCUUGCCCCGCCCCACCACCCCCCUACCCCUAACCCACCAACCUGUGUCAACACCCAGGGUCCCACCACGGCCCUGGGCCCACUGUGCCUUCAUGCCUUCCAACCUGGAAAUAAAUCCACAGUCCUUUGGUU